AUGCCACUGAGGCGUGCGGCGUUGACGGGUGUGUGGCUGGGCAGGCUGGAUGGCAGCGCUGACACGACGCCCGUGACGGGUGGCGGUGCUGGCAACGCUGACGGAGGCGUGGCUGGGCGGGGUGGACGGGCUGGCAGCGCGGCAGCGCUGGCGGACUGGCAUGCCACCGAGGCGUGCGGCGUUGACGGGUGCGUGGCUGGCGGGGUGUGGCUGUCGGUGCUGGCAGCGCUGACGGGGUGGGCUGCGGUUCGGGGUGGCAGCGCUGGCGGGUGGCAGCGCUGCCGGGGGCGGGCUGGGCUCGGCGCUCGCAGGGCUGGACUGAGCGGCGCUGAGUUCGGCAGUGCUGGGCUGGACAGCGCUGAGCUGAUCAUCACUGAUUUCGGCAAUGCUCGCAGGGAUGAAUUGAGCCGCGUUGGGCUGGGCAGCGCUGCAUUCGGUGGAGCUGGGUUCGGUAGAUCUGGACUCUGCAGCGCUGCACUUGUCAAAGGUUAA